UUGCACGCUCUUUCCUGUCGAAACGCCAAUUCAGGCGUGUAGUGUUUUUUUGGUCCGCGAGAAAAUCUCCAAACAUCCAAAAUGGUCAACUUCACCGUCGACGAAAUCCGUGGCCUCAUGGACAAGAAGCGGAACAUCCGCAACAUGUCUGUGAUCGCUCACGUUGACCACGGCAAGUCCACCCUGACCGAUUCGCUCGUGUCCAAGGCCGGAAUUAUUGCCGGAGCGAAGGCCGGUGAGACCCGUUUCACUGACACCCGCAAGGAUGAGCAGGAGCGCUGCAUUACCAUCAAGUCGACCGCUAUCUCCAUGUACUUCGAGGUGGAAGACAAGGAUCUGGUGUUCAUCACUCAGCCCGAUCAGCGCGAGAAGGAGUGCAAGGGUUUCCUGAUUAACCUGAUCGACUCGCCCGGUCACGUGGACUUCUCCUCCGAAGUGACCGCCGCUCUUCGUGUGACCGACGGUGCUCUGGUCGUCGUGGAUUGCGUAUCCGGCGUGUGCGUGCAGACUGAGACCGUGUUGCGUCAGGCUAUUGCCGAGCGCAUCAAGCCCAUUCUUUUCAUGAACAAGAUGGACCGUGCUCUACUGGAGCUGCAGUUGGAUGCUGAGGAGCUGUACCAGACCUUCCAGCGCAUCGUGGAGAACGUGAAUGUCAUUAUUGCCACCUACAACGAUGAUGGUGGUCCGAUGGGUGAGGUGCGUGUGGACCCCUCCAGAGGAUCCGUGGGCUUCGGCUCCGGCCUGCACGGCUGGGCCUUCACCCUCAAGCAGUUCUCUGAGAUGUACUCUGAAAAGUUCAAGAUCGAUGUGGUGAAGCUAAUGAACCGUCUGUGGGGAGAGAACUUCUUCAAUGCCAAGACCAAGAAGUGGCAGAAGCAGAAGGAGGCCGAUAACAAGCGUUCUUUCUGUAUGUACAUUUUGGAUCCCAUCUACAAGGUGUUCGACGCCAUCAUGAACUACAAGAAGGAGGAGAUUGGUGUGUUGCUUGAGAAGAUCGGAGUCACUCUUAAGCACGAGGACAAGGACAAGGACGGCAAGGCUCUGCUUAAGACCGUUAUGCGCACCUGGCUGCCAGCCGGUGAGGCUCUGCUUCAGAUGAUUGCCAUCCAUCUGCCAUCGCCGGUUGUUGCCCAGAAGUACCGUAUGGAGAUGUUGUAUGAGGGUCCCCAUGAUGAUGAGGCUGCUAUCGCCGUGAAGAACUGCGACCCCGACGGUCCCCUCAUGAUGUACAUCUCUAAGAUGGUGCCGACCUCCGACAAGGGUCGUUUCUACGCCUUCGGCCGUGUGUUCUCCGGCAAAGUGGCCACUGGCCAGAAGUGCCGCAUCAUGGGCCCCAACUAUACACCCGGCAAGAAGGAGGAUCUGUACGAGAAGGCCAUUCAGCGCACCAUUCUCAUGAUGGGCCGUUACGUCGAGGCUAUUGAGGAUGUGCCCUCUGGCAACAUCUGCGGUCUUGUCGGUGUCGAUCAGUUCCUGGUUAAGACUGGCACCAUUACCACCUUCAAGGAUGCGCACAACAUGAAGGUCAUGAAGUUCUCCGUUUCGCCUGUCGUGCGUGUGGCUGUGGAGCCCAAGAAUCCCGCCGAUCUGCCCAAGCUUGUGGAGGGUCUGAAGCGUCUGGCCAAAUCCGAUCCUAUGGUGCAGUGCAUCAUUGAGGAGUCUGGAGAGCACAUCAUUGCUGGUGCCGGUGAGCUGCAUUUGGAAAUUUGCCUGAAGGAUCUGGAAGAGGAUCACGCUUGCAUCCCCUUGAAGAAGUCCGAUCCCGUGGUGUCGUACCGCGAGACAGUGUCCGAGGAAUCUGACCAGAUGUGUCUGUCAAAGUCGCCCAACAAGCACAACCGUCUGCUGAUGAAGGCCCUUCCCAUGCCUGACGGUCUGCCCGAAGAUAUCGAUAAUGGUGACGUGAGCUCUAAGGACGAGUUCAAGUCCCGUGCUCGUUACCUGUCUGAGAAGUACGACUACGAUGUGACUGAGGCCCGUAAGAUCUGGUGCUUCGGUCCCGACGGCACCGGACCCAACUUCGUCCUCGACUGCACCAAGUCCGUGCAGUACCUGAACGAAAUCAAGGACUCUGUUGUUGCUGGCUUCCAGUGGGCCUCCAAGGAGGGUAUCCUGGCUGACGAGAACAUGCGUGGAGUUCGCUUCAACAUCUACGAUGUGACCCUGCACGCUGAUGCCAUCCAUCGUGGAGGUGGCCAGAUCAUUCCAACUACUCGUCGUUGUUUGUAUGCCGCCGCUAUCACCGCCAAGCCGCGUUUGAUGGAGCCCGUUUAUCUGUGCGAGAUCCAAUGUCCCGAGGUGGCUGUUGGUGGUAUCUACGGUGUGCUGAACAGGCGUCGUGGCCAUGUGUUCGAGGAAAACCAGGUUGUGGGAACGCCCAUGUUCGUGGUGAAGGCAUAUCUGCCCGUCAACGAGUCGUUCGGGUUCACUGCCGAUCUACGCUCCAACACCGGUGGCCAGGCCUUCCCCCAAUGCGUCUUCGAUCAUUGGCAAGUGCUGCCCGGCGAUCCGUCCGAGCCUGCUAGCAAGCCUUACCAGAUUGUCCAGGACACGCGUAAACGCAAGGGACUGAAGGAAGGUCUGCCCGAUCUGUCCCAGUACUUGGACAAGUUGUAAAUCACCAUUUUUCCCUACCCAAUCCCCACACAAGAACAUCGAUGUGCAGCUGGCUGAGCGGGAAGAACCUAGAACAAAGUGGAGAUACCGAAAACGACAUACAAAUUCAGUUGGCCAAUUAUUACAUCUGAGGCCGUUGGCAGUGUUUUAAAUCAAAUAAAAACACAAAAACAUUAAAGAAAUUUUGAUGAUUAUUAAUUGUAUAACAGUAAAACAACAUAAUAAAUCAAGUAAAUGAUUA